AUCUCUCUUCCGAGACAAACAAAAUGUAAUCGACGAAAGAGAAGAAGAAUUGUAGGUGGUGUAACCAUUGAUCUCAACUCUUCACAGUCGGUUGCUCCCGAGCAUUCAAAGACUGACGAAGGGAUUGAUUGUAACCACUGUGGCACUGAUGUUGAACAACCUGAAACUGACUUACCAAUGAAUGAUCGAAUGGACAUCAGAAAUAGAGCUGUGUUUCAACAUAGUAGUUCUCAAGAAGGUGGGGUGGUUUUAGAACAGGAUGAUCUAGUGGACAAUGGAAGCAAGGAUGAUGUUCUCAAUGAAGUAGACCAAGCAGAUUCAGCAGACAUGUGGUAUGGUGAUGUUGGAUGUGAUCAUAAUGUUGAAGAUAACACUUGGCAUAUUGAUGGCAACAAGGAAGGCAAGGAUGAUUUGGGGCAAGACAUGGGUGGAGACUCAGUACAAAAUGAAGAAAUGGAUCAGGGGGAUGAUGAGGACUGGCAUGACAAUGGAGUUGACUCUGGAGGAGAUGAUGAAGAUGAUGAUUUUCAGCAUGGUGAUGGGGAGGAAGGAAAUGAACCAGAUGAUAAUUACCAGGGAUUCAGCCUUGAAGAUGGAAAUCUUCCAAUUUAUCCAGAUGCACCCAUCACCAAGUCACAGAGUCUACUGCUGAUAGUGUCCUAUGUCUUGCGGCAUGGUCUUUCUGAUAGUGCUUUGGAUGAUCUUCUUUCUUUGAUGAAUAUACACUGUCCAAACAGUGUUCCUACAUCAAAGUUCACUAUUAUUGCAUGGCUUGCACUGCAUAUCUUGGCCCCGAGAAAUUGA